AAAAUAAUGAGAAGCUUUUUUAAAAUAUACUAAGUCAUUAUUUUAGAGAUACUAAUUAGUCAUUGUAAUGAAAGCAUUUUUUUUGUAUCACAAUGGCGGAAAUGGCCUUUCAUAAGUGUGAACCAGCAGCUUGCAGUGCCGUGAUCUGCCGGUGAGAUAUGUUGCUGUCGGUUCGUCUGUGAUGUCACAGUUGUGUGUGCUUCUGGACUCGGCUGAAGAAGAUGGCGGCCUCCUCAGGAGUUAAAGUUCCACGUAAUUUUCGCUUGUUGGAGGAGCUUGAAGAGGGGCAGAAGGGCGAAGGCGAUGGCACAGUCAGCUGGGGCCUCGAGGAUGACGAAGACAUGACUCUCACACGGUGGACAGGCAUGAUCAUUGGACCUGCAAGAACCAAUUAUGAGAACAGGAUAUACAGUCUGAAAGUGGAAUGUGGAUCUAGAUACCCAGAGGCGUCCCCAACCGUUAGAUUUGUAACAAAAAUUAGCAUGAAUGGGGUAAACAAUUCAAACGGGUUGGUGGAUUCACGUAGCAUACCAGUUUUAGCAAAAUGGCAGAAUUCUUAUAGCAUUAAAAUUGUUCUUCAAGAGUUAAGACGUCUAAUGAUGUCCAAAGAAAAUAUGAAGCUUCCACAACCGCCAGAAGGACAAACCUACAGCACUUAAUCGUAAUGGAUUGUUUUGACCCUCUGUCUUAAACCUACUCUUAGAAAUAUCGUGUAAAACCAUCAAGAGGCUCACUUCAGUCAUCAACAAUGUUCUCUACAAGACCAAGAUUGGAUGUUCUUAUUCGAUAGCUCAUUCAAAAAGAAAAUGUCCCUGCAGUCAAGCACUGAAUAGAUAGUUAAGACUACAAGACCACAGUUUUCUGCCUUUAAUAAACUCACUUUGACAAUUACUUUUAUGUUUGACAUGUUCCAGCUUGAGUGGACUUGAAGAGGGAAGCAUGAUGCCACACAGAGGCCAUACCAGAGUCCCAGUAGUUUAAGUUCAAAUUCCUGAUCACUGAAGUAAACGGCAAGAUGUGUGAAUGACGGCAUGUUCUGUAACUAUUACCUAGUCGAAGUGAAGCCACAUUCAUGAGUUUGUUAGUCAAAUUUAGCAGGUUCAUUAAAAUAUCAUGCCAAUUGCUAAAUAUUGAACUGUGGCUGUAGUCUUAAAGUAGUGUCACAAUGUAAGCAAGAUUGUUUUUGUUUUUUUUGUUUUUUUUUUAAUAAAUAUAUAUCUGUAUUUGACACGAUACCAAUAUGUUUCUGUUCUGCAGCUCUUUGACAUGUAACAGACGUUGAAGCCUGUUCUGUUCUGAAACCCUUGCAUUUAACUUCUUUGGCAGGUGUAUGAACUUGUGAUUUUCUGAAAUUAAAAUCACUGUCUGCAAAAACAUAACAAA